AUGGCCAUGAAGAAUCUCUCAUUUCUUGCAGUCCUAUCUCUCCUAGCUUUAACUCUUCCAUUAGCCAUUGCUUCUGACCCAAGCCCCCUUCAAGACUUCUGCGUCGGCGUCAACACCCCAUCAGAUGGUGUGUUUGUGAAUGGAAAGUUCUGCAAAGACCCAAAGCUCGUCACCGUGGAUGACUUCUUUAUGGCAGGGCUUCAAAAUGCAAGACCCGUAGCUAAUGUAGUCGGGUCGAAUGUCACAGCCGUUAAUGUUAACAACCUUCCAGGGUUAAACACCCUUGGAAUCUCGCUUGUCCGCAUAGAUUAUGGAGUAAAUGGACAAAACCCACCUCACACCCACCCACGUGCUACCGAGAUCCUCUAUGUUGGACUUGGAAAACUUCUUGUAGGAUUUGUCACAUCGAACGGAGAUGGAAACCGUCUGUUCACAAAAACACUCAACGAGGGUGAUGUAUUUGUGUUUCCAGAAGGACUAAUUUGUUAUGAACUAACGUAUUAUUAG